AUGCGCCUUAUCAACGUCAUCCCCCUCCUCGCGGCUCUCGCGGCCACCGCCACAGCCGCCGGGAUCCCCGCCCAGCCGGAGGCUCGCGCGCCGGACGUGGCGGCGCGCGAAGGGGCUGACGCCGUGGCCUCGGGUGGCGACCCCAACGGUGGCAAGUACCAGCCGCCGGCGCCGUGGGAGAAGGACGACCAAGGCUUCACGUACGUCCCGGUGCAGGACGACGGGACGCUUGCCGUUCCCAACCCGAACGAGGCGGCGCUCGACCCCAACUCUGCCAACUCGAUCGGGGCGGCAGCCAUCAUCCCUAUCGCCAGCAUCGUCGCUGCGGUCCUCAAGGCCGUCAUGGCCGGCAUCCAGGGCGAAGUCAACAAGCAGGGGGCGUUCGUGCACGGCCUCAUCGACAAGCACAAGGAGAUCGCGCCCGACAAGAACGUGUUCGUCUUCCAGCGCUUCAAGGGGUUCACGUGGACUGCUAGCUGGGACAGCUUCCAGGAGGACACGGUCAAGUACAAGAACAAGUACUUCGGCGUCAUUUCCUUCAAGGGCACGGGCGAGCUCAACAGUAAUGGCGCUGAUGGGGGGUGGGCGAAUUGGGGUUGGUACGGUAACUGGAACAAGGACGGCAACAAGGUCAACUUUUACUAA